AUGGCAACGCUCUCAAUAACCGAAGCUCGUGGGAACAGACCACAUGACGGCCCCCAGCUGGAGAUGAAUACAGCCUCUCCCUGGAGUCGGACAGCGGUGGCGGCGGUGCAGCUCAUUCUAGGACACUACAAAGUGUACCGGAACGAGGGUGCCUGGGACCAGGGACAGACUCUCAAGUGCGGAACUGUCCCUGAUGACCCGGGACACGUGGACACCCUAGA